CCGGUAAACAACCACACUUCAAACUUGUGACAAGUUUCAUUUCCUUCUAUCAUAUUAUUCGAUUAUUAGACAGAAACCCUCAUUGCAAAGUUUACUAUACGGAACACAAGCGGGAGAAGUUGACAUAAAUGUGACAACUUGAAUGAGAGAGAGGAAGCGGUUAUUGGAUUCUACGCGUGAUUUACAGCUCGUGUGCCAACAUCUGGCUUUAAGGACCGAAAACGAAAGACAAUCUCUUCAAACCGGACCAUCUCGAGCUGCCGACGUUCCUGGACAUUAUUACGAACGGAACAACACGAUGACAUUAAGAGACGGCACAAAGGUGACUGGUCGCUUUUUAAAUGGACCAUUUCGAAAUUAAUGUGUGAUAAGAACUACGUUUACUGCGCGGUAGAAAAUUAGCCGAGAAGUUACUCAUGCUUUCUACCUCAACAGCUGGGUGAGCCGUGGAAAUGCAUCUGUUUCGAGAUGAAAGUUAGUCUGUCCGUCCGGAUGCAGGGGUGCUAUUCUCCCACUGGCAACCAUGGUGGAGUUUAAUAUCCCGAAAGACGCAGCACCGUGCGACACCCGAGUCCCUGCGAUUUUGAAACAGCGCUUCAGUAUGGUCUGACUUUUCUUUUAAACAUUUGGACUGAACUCUCGCUUUUUUCCCCUCCACCCCUUCCGGACCAUUUCUCGAGGGAAGAUGCUUCUUAUUUAAACUCUCCCUCCUCGGUCCCGAUGCACUCAGCGACCAUGCACAGCAACGCCUCUUGCGAAGAAUACACCAGAAUCAGCGAUAGCGGGAGUCCCGUGGUGAGCACGAUCAUGUUCAUCGCCGGUGUGGUGGGCAACCUGAUGGCCCUGGGCAUCCUGGGCGUCCACCGCAAGGAGCACCGCGCCAAGUCCUCCGUCUUCUGCAUCCUGGUGACCGGCCUCGCCGUGACCGACCUGCUGGGCACGUGCUUCCUGAGCCCGCUGGUGUUCGUGUGCUACGCCCGCAGCUCCUCGCUCCUGGGCCUGACGGGCAGCUGGCACCUGUGCGGCCUGUUCGCCUUCGCCAUGACCUUCUUCGGCCUGGCGUCCAUGCUCAUCCUGUGCGCCAUGGCGGUGGAGCGCUGCCUGGCCAUCAGCCACCCGUACUUCUACUCCAAGCGCGUGCGCCGCAGCUUCGCCAAGCUGGCGCUGCCGCUCAUCUACGCGUUCACCUGCGCCUUCUGCCUGCUGCCCUUCUUCGGCGUCGGGCAGCACAAGCAGUACUGCCCGGGCACCUGGUGCUUCAUCAAGAUGGAGGCGGACGGCGGGGACGCGCACGGCGACGACCGGCGCACGCUGGCCUUCUCGCUGUCGUACGCCACGCUGAUGGCACUGCUGGUGGCCGCCGUCUUCCUGUGCAACGGCUCGGUCAUCCUCAGCCUGUGCCGCAUGCACCGGAGCCAGAUGUCGCGGCGCGGCUCGGUGCUGUCGGCCGGACGCAAGCGCAAGAUCAUGGUGUUCGGGGGACAGGGCGACGAGGAGGUGGAGCACCUGGUGCUGCUGGCCUCCAUGACCGUCAUCUUCGUCGUCUGCUCGCUGCCCCUCACGAUCUGCGGCUACGUCAGUGCCAUUUCGCCGACCGGCGACGACAACCUCAACCUGAUCUCCUUCCGCUUCUCGGCGCUCAACCCCAUCGUGGACCCGUGGAUCUUCAUCCUCUUCCGCAAGGCCGUCUUCCGCCACCUGCGGCAGCUGCUGCGCUGCCGUUUCCCCGGCAACGCCGUCAAGGCCACUGCGCACACGGCCCUGUCGCUGCCACUGGAGGUCAGCGAGGCCAGAGCGCCCACCGGCGCCGCCCUGCAGGCCAAAGCCUACGCCAGCCUCCCCCAGCAGUGAGGGCAGAGGACCCCCAGGUCAAGGCACAAGGUUCAAAGGGGACAGGUGACACGUACAAAAUGCUACUGGCAGCCAUUUCAGAAACACCAUCCCCUCUAAAUGGGCCCAGGGGCACGUAGAUGAGGACCAGCGAAUGUACUGGUGCCACUUGUGGCAUCUUGACCUUUCCAAAACAAAACAGAUUCUGUGAUUGUGGACUACAUGACAGGGAAUGUAUAGUGUGAACUGAAGGCCCGCGACAUGGACCAAAGGGCACGGUUGCAUAUUACUACUACUGUUUUUGGGGGCUGCAGAACAAGCUUGUUAACCUUUGUACUGAAUGCACUGAUGAGAUUCCUCGGUCCAUAAAUGACUAGAGAUCUACUUCUCGGGAAAACACAGGAAUUAAACCAAACUCCCAGGGACACAAAGGGCUGCGGAGAGAGGUCUUCUGACACAUCCAGGGCCAAAGGUCCAAAGCUUUCAAACUGCAUCGUCUGACUGGCCAGAGUGUAUCAGCCAUCACUGAACUAACGUGGCUGGGGCUGACACACAAGCUUUCAGUCGCAGUGCGUGUGUGUGUGUGUGUGUGUGUGUGUGUGUGUGUGUGUGGGCGCGCGUGCGUGUGAAAUUGCAGGAAGAAGGUUGAAAGAGAGGCAUGAAGUUCAGAAAGUUGAGUGCUAUUUUUGCUGGUCAAACUGCAAUACCUGUCAGUUACUUGCUGACCUGGCGACUAGCCCAGACUACCAACUCACCAGAUCCAGAGUCUGGUGCUCUCAACACCAAAUACAAACGUGGACCAUUUGGGAUUUUUUGGCACGUCAUUCUAGAAUUCCACUGGGCGGAUCUAGAAUUCACAUUGACCUCAGCCAUGCAAGUAUAUUACAUCAUCAAAUGGAACCCUUGGUAGGGACAUUAUAAUGACAUUAUGGCUGCUCUACCAAAGAACACCUACUCAUCUUCAGGUUGACCAUACCAGACAGUGUAUGCUCUGUUUACAGACCAAGCUUGGCAAAAGUGAAUAUGUGUGUAUCAGAAUGCAUUUCAUGGUUUCAGUCCAUUUUGUGUGAAUGGACAGAGACAGCUCAAAGUAAUUUAAAGGCAAUGUUAUGUUCAAACUGUGUUCAAAGAGAGUGAGUCCACUGAUAGAAAACAAGCAAACAAACAAGACGUUAUGUAAGUGUAUGUUUACCACUAGUUGCUUGGCUGUAUUUGCUUCUCCUGCACUGUAAAAGAAAGUUUAGUCCUGAAAAAUGAUACUGUGGUAAACUGGAUGAAACACAGCUGUUUUAUUCUGUCUCAUUUUGUUUCUAAAAAUGGCAAAUUUUAUGACAUGAAAAAAAAAAUACACACACAAAAAAAAAAAUCAAGCAAGAUCCUACGAGCAAAUAUUAAUGGGUCAGCUUCAUUCUCUCACAUCCCACAUAAUAGUUUACGCUCAAGACACUUUGCUCAUCGCCUGAUUUUUCACUUUACUUGUUAUUUAAAUUGGAGCCCAUAUUGUGCAAUUGUCUGUCAGACAUAUUAGUUAUUAUUAUUUCAAAGUUAAGAUGUACUAUGCUUUAGUGAUGUGAUGUUUUAGUGAUAGAACUUCCCUAUGCUAUGCCUCUUGUGAUUGUGGACUGUGAGAAAACAGUGUGUCGUCCAUAUGGUUAUACCACACUGGGCUUGUGUGUGUCAAACGUCCAGAUAAACAGCUGUCACUCAAGCGACCACAGCUUGACAAGACAACCAAAGACCUGUGCGAAUGUUCCUCGGAGAUUACUGCUGCCUCUCAGUGCCUAGCGGACAUUCCACAGUUGACCACCCCUCAGAUUAGGUUAUAGUUUUCCAUAUUUGGAUGUUAAUACAGACGGGUUUUUUUUAGUUUCCUUUUUCUUUUUUUUCUUUCUUUUUUUGGUUACAGGAAAACAGGCAGUACUUCAUAUUCUUUUUUUUCCAUCUGGUUGUCUGGACACAAACUAAACAGAACAUUUUAAGUUCCAAUCUGCCAGAGUGAGAAAUGGAAAGGUGAAUGUCACCACUCCAUCACAGUCACCCUGACAGGUUACAGAGGGUCCUGCAUGUCGGACUGUUUCUUCAAAGUGAUUAACCAAAGAAAUCUACAUUUUUCCGUCAUACUUUAGCAAUGCACAUAGUUUGAAUGACAUAUUGAGGUGUUGGGCGGCAGAUUUGGAAACAACUGGUCGAUUCCAAUCCAAGCCAUCUGGCAGUUUUGCUAACAGAACAAAGAAACAGAAAGGUGAUAGGAACAAAAAUCGUUAAACUAGGGUCCGUACCGUCAGGCAUGAGGUGAGAAUAGGUUAUAUUUCAGUAUAAUCUGAAGGCAGCUUGCAUAUCAGCUUGACGGGGAGACAAACAAGCACAUCGAUUUGAGAGAGUGAUAUUACUUCAGUGUAUCAGCAGUUCAGAUCCCCUACUAUUUUGUAACAUAAGACACGUAACAUAAGUAAACCCUAAGAAAACGCUGGGCAAAGUGCAGAGGCUAAAGUCAAAUAAAGCUUGCUUAAUAACUACACCACAUCUAUUUGCAAAUUUAAUACCAUGAUAAAGAUCCUAAGCACAAACAUCGGUGAGUCAGCUAAAAGCCAAAUGAUGACGUUACACAAGAACUUUGUACAUACAGUAGACUGACUUUGCUGUGUCCAGCAUUUAAAUUAGGGCCGCUAGAUGUGAAGCACUUCUCUCGCCUUCUAUCCCUUUAAGCGCUACACGUGGUGAUCGUCUACUUGUGUAACAUAUGUGGUGUUAUGUGCUUGUCUAUGUGUGUAUCUAUCAUGAUAACUUGUGAGCUUUUGUCUGUUUGCAGUGUGCUGUUGUGACUGUGCUGACAUUAGUUUAGGACUCUGCAUGACAUAUGUUCCCCGGUUUUCCCCAAAAGGGUCAUAUGUUCCCUGGUAUGUAUUGCAACCAGGGCACAUAGGACCCUUUUGGGAAAAACUGGGGAACAUAGGACCCGGGGAAUAUAGGGAUGACCCCUUCUCGUCGCUAGUGAGUGCUGAAGGUGAACAUUACUACGGCUUAGCCCCGCGCCUUCAACUCCAUUAAGGGGCAUUCUCUGGCAGAUACAGCAGUUAGCUUGUUGCUUUAGUGUCUGAACGAAUAAACAGAUCAUAAAGAGGGAUUAGCAGUGCUAAUUCAGCCGCGGCUAGGUGUAUCCGUUUUAGGUAAACUGAUGUGAUUUGGCAGGACAGUGGGUUUUUCCUCAUUAAAGAUAUUGUACACAUCGCAGAGUCAGUCCUUUAUUUUCUCUGCCGAGCAGUUUGUCCAUUCCUCCUUGCGCUCUCUCUCUCUCUCUUGAUCGAGACCACCGAUUAGCGUUGUUUUUAAUAGUGACACUGCUGCAAGCUCUGAGAUUGAUUGCGCAUGCCUUCGCAGAUCUUUAAAUAAAUAAAUAGCUGUGUUCAAAAGGCGAGGAGAAGACAAAUGUGUCCUGAAAAGAUUUGUCCAAAUAAACGAAUCUGGAUCCUGCUACUGUAGUGCCAUCUAUCAACUCCAUACACUCCGGUCACAUGUUUCAGCACCCAGAUGGGUUACAUUCCCUGCAGUUUAUGGAGAACCUUGUGCCGUAACUGAACUGUAUGGAGUGAGAGAGACUAUAAAGACAAAAUCAUAUAGAUGUUUUGGGUCUUUCAGCAUUUCAAAACAAAUGCAUACUCACAGAUGUAUAUUCAAUCGUUUUCAAUAUGCCAUUGGGUGAGUCUAUGUUAUUGUUAUUCUGUGGACCAAUGUCAAAUUAUUUCCAGAUUAAGGCUGAGCAGAAAAAGCAUGUUUGGCUUUCUUUUCGGCUACAAUUUCCCAGAUGUUUUUCUUGCUCAAAAAGCAACACCAUUUAGUCGAAUAUGGUUCAGAAUAAUUUGCAAAAGUCAGAGAUACAUCUCUAUAAAAUGCCUUGAAUUUCAUAGAACCGUGACUGUUCGUUAGUAAUUCUUCUCUGAUUAAUGUGUAUUUUGGAGUUGAUUAUAGUGUCAAAACACUGGCGUACUUGUGCAAAUGUUACAGCUUUCUGACUCUGUGAAUAAAU